UACUUAUAAUCCCUCCCUCUCCACCCAAAAGCCCUAGUUAGAAAGCUAGGGUUUGCAGAGCUUCCGCCACUGUUUCUUAGAUCUCACAUCUGCAAUACCCUUAACGUUUCUAAUUCUAAUUCGGUGAAAAUGGCAACCCAAAUGAGCAAAAAGCGAAAGUUUGUUGCUGACGGAGUUUUCUUCGCCGAGCUGAACGAGGUCCUUACCAGAGAGCUAGCUGAGGACGGCUACUCUGGAGUCGAGGUUAGGGUUACACCCAUGCGAACCGAGAUCAUUAUUAGAGCCACUCGUACCCAAAACGUUCUCGGUGAGAAGGGAAGGAGGAUUAGGGAACUAACUUCUGUUGUACAGAAGAGAUUCAAGUUCCCAGAGAACAGCGUGGAGCUUUAUGCAGAGAAAGUUAACAAUAGAGGGCUUUGUGCCAUUGCCCAGGCUGAGUCUCUUCGCUACAAGCUUCUUGGUGGACUUGCUGUCCGAAGGGCCUGCUAUGGUGUUUUGAGAUUUGUCAUGGAAAGCGGGGCCAAGGGUUGUGAGGUGAUUGUUAGUGGCAAACUUAGAGCACAACGUGCCAAAUCGAUGAAGUUCAAGGACGGUUACAUGAUCUCUUCUGGUCAGCCAGUCAAUGAAUACAUCGACUCUGCUGUUAGACAUGUUCUUCUCAGACAGGGAGUACUUGGCAUCAAGGUCAAGAUCAUGCUUGAUUGGGAUCCAAAGGGUAAACAGGGGCCCACAACUCCCCUACCUGAUCUUGUCACAAUCCACCCUCCCAAAGAGGAAGAUGAGUACCUCAGGCCAGCUGCUGUUGCUUUGCCGGCAGCUGAUGUUGAGGUUCCUGUCCCUGUCGCAGUUGCUUGAAGGCCUUUUUUCAUUUUUUGAGACCCAUAUGGUUUUUUUUUUUUGUUUUUUUGUUUUUUUUUUUUCCUUCUUGUUACUAAUCUUGAGAUAAAAGACAAAAGACGAGGCUUGAGUUUUUUGUUUUAUUUUAUUUUUAUUUUUCUUUUUCUUUUUUCAAGCGGUAAAGUUUUGUAACACUAGUCCCCACUUUUCUUUAAUACUCUCUUAAUCUUGGCAAUUAUUUUUUGUUGCCC